CUCUAGGCUGGGGGAUUUCAUCAAUGGGGAGCAGCGAGGGAACGUACUGCCACUGCCUCUGGGUAGCUUAUUGGCUUACAGGAGAAAGGGUUGGGAGGCAUUGAUAAAGACACUGAGCGCAGCCAGGGUAGUCACCGUACAACCCUCUGCCACUCAGUAAGACAGGAGCAGCAGCACACAGAGCAACAGACAACAAGUCGUUUAUUAUUUCCCACCGGCAUGCUUGCAGUAGCCAACAUGUCCCAAGUGAUACCCAACCAUGUCCUGCGAGUGGGUCAGACCGUCCGACUGAACACGUCUCCGAGGUCAACGAGUUCGAGUCCGAGUCACCCAAACUCCACUAGUCCGUUCAGCGACCCCGAGCUCGAAGCAUCCCUGGACAACCUGAACCAGCUCAUCCUCGAAUUGGAUCCGACGUUCGAGCCUCUCCCGAUGACGAGUCCCGUCAACGUAAGCUCCAACACAGAAGACUCCUCUCCAGAGGAGGACCUGUACCGCUGCGUCUUGGUCCCCCGGAGCUGCUCCCCUAACGCCUCCCGCAGCAUUCCCAUCCCCACCCCCGCCUCCUCCGCCUCGCCCCGCUGCAGCCCCCACGGCUCCCUCAUCUUCUCGUCCUCCCCCUCCUCCUCGUCGAGGCCCCCGUUGCUGUGCGGCGGCGGCGGCGGCGUGCGGCGGCGGCCCUCGACGCACGGCGACGCCUUCGCCAACGCGAUGUCCCCACGCAGGACGCACUCCAACAGGAACAGCGGCAACUCCAUGCUGUCCAUGUCGCCCGGCUCCGACACCAGCUACAUGCUGGGCAGCUGUCUGUCCCUGGCCAGCGAGGACGCGGACAGCCCCGAUGGCCUCGACCCGCGGGCGAUAUCAGGCUCCUUCAGCAACGUGUCUGGGACGUCCUGUGACACAAGGACCUCGCCGACCAAGCCCUCACUGCUGGACCACUGCCAGGGGCUCCAGGGCUACGGCAGCCACAGCAGCCCCGCCUCGCUGGCCGGCUCCCUCAUGGACAUCCCCGUGGUGCUGGUCAACGGAGUGCCGACAGAGCCAGACCCCAGCCGUCCGGUCGCGCCGCAGUCAACUCCCCCGAAGCCGUCACUCCCUCACGGUUUCCAGGCCCAUUUCCAUGGAAGUAAGCCCUCGAUGAAAUUUGUCAUGGACACAUCAAAGUUAUGGUUCCGACCACACAUAAACCGAGCAGAAGCGGAGGCCAUGCUGAAGGACAGGCUACCUGGGGUGUUUGUGGUGAGGGACAGCACGUCCUUCCGGGGCAGCUUCGGCCUGGUGAUGAAGGUGGACCCCUACAACGUCUCCCCCACUGGAUGUCCUGCAGGAGAGAGCAGCUUGGGUGCGAUGAGACACUUUCUCAUCGAGACGUCGGCCAAGGGCGUGCGGAUCAGAGGCUCCCCACACGAGCCUUUCUUCGGUAGUCUAUCUGCCCUGGUCUUCCAACACACAAUAACAGCGUGCGCUUUACCCUGCAAGCUACUGCUACAGACCCACGAUCUGGCAGAAGAAGAAGAUGAGUCCCAUGACGGCACAGAAUCCGACAUCAAGAACAAAACUGCGAGCAACUUCCUCUUCCUCAACACCGUCCCCACGGAGAUGCUGACUGGCCCCUGUGCCGUGAAGAAGGCCGUCGCCGCCACCCUAGAGAAGCACUCCAAGGCCAGCAUCACCCCCACCAUCGUCAACUUCAGGGUGUCCCAGAAGGGGGUCACCCUGACCGACGUCAAGAGAAAACUGUUCUUCCGGCGCCACUACCCGGCUCACCUGCUGAGCUACAGCGGACCGGAUCCAGACAACCGAUUGUGGCUGCAAGACGGCAAAUCAGGAGCAAGGAUGUUUGGCUUCGUGGCCAAAGGCGUGGAGGCUGGCAUGGAGAACGUGUGCCACGUCUUUGCAGAGCAUGACCCCCUUCAGACCUGCGGUGAGGCCAUCGACGUCAUGCAGGGGGCCAUCAACAAGCCCUAAGCCUCAGAUCCCCCAUGCUGGAGGACGAGCCACCAUAGCCACAAUCAGCCCUUUACCGCUUAAAGUAGAUAUUUAUAGGGGUCUUUUGUGCCUUAGUGGACCGGACAGUGGGUGGAAGAGCAAAUGUGGCAUAUAAUUGCACAUGUAGUGGUAAAUGGACUGCACCUAUAUCGCGCUUUUCAA